CAAGCGGCGUGUGUGUGUGUGAGUGAGUGUGUGAGCAACGGCUCCCCUCCCCCGGGGGACCGACUCGCUGUCACAUCGCGGCUAAAUAUGGAUGCCGAGGUCUCAUUUACCGGCGGAGUAACCGAGACGGAGGCACCGUUAGAAAACAAGUUUGUUUUUGUUUGUUGUUUUGACGCGACAAAUGAGAAACAGGAAAAGAAAUCCCUGGACAAACCGUGUGAUCUGCGUGACUGGCCACAGGCAACUUUCGCUUCCCAUUUCUCCCCGGUGUCGGUAACGUAAACGUCGUAUUAGUCGGACUUCGUGUUGUUCGUUUGUUGACGCGAUUGCCAGCGCAAACAUAAUGUAAAGAAAAAGGACGCGUUAAUCCGCGGACGGCUGUCAUUGGGGUUGCCUGCAUUUCGGCUCUUUAGUCGGAAUUGGAAACUUGUGUGGUCGAAGCGGUCCGGCUUUGAUUGUAGUCGCCUGCGCAACAAGUGUGAGUACCCAUUCCUGUUUAUGGAGCGGUUAUAUAAAUUCUGCCUCGUUGAACUUCUACCUUACUGCGUUAGUCACGGCCAUGGGUUAACAAUCGGCGACUGAAGCAUAAACAAUGUAGACCGACACGUUUGAGUCGAUCUGGUCACUCAGGACUUCCGGACGUUUCAAAUUCCCCUUGAGAAGGAUCAUUGACGGAUGAUGAUUGGCUCACCUGAUCUGCUGGCAUUCACUGCUGGAGAGGACUUCGGGGAAGGGGUCAGCAACCAGGAUGUACAAUCCUUGCCGGAAGAGCUGUCUGUCCCUUUGUUUCCUGUCUCCCAUCCUUGGGCCACUCCAGCUAAAUUUCACAGGGACUUCAUUCUGGUGGCUGAAUUCUCCGAACAGGUGGGACCCAGACCUGUGCUGACAAUCCCAAAUGACCCAAGCGUUGUGGGUUCAUUUGACCUGAAUCACUUCUCCUUGCGCAUCAUGUCAGUGGACUACCAGGUGUCCUGGCCUGGUCCUGUCUCCCCUGCGUCCCCUGGCCUCCGUCUCACCUUCAGUGAGGACUCUGAAGUGGUCUUGGGAGACUCGGAUGAGGGUGCAUUUGCAUUCGUUCACCACCUGACCCUGUAUGACCUUGAGGCACGUGGCCUGGUGCGUCCAUUCUGCAUAGCGUACGUAUCCUCAGACCAGGCGAAGCUGACGGAGCACUUCUUUGAACUCUCAACGUGCCUUGCUCAGGCCUCUGAAAGCCUGAAGACGGGAAAUAGACGAGCCUUUGCCACAGAGCUGCAGAGGAGACUGCAAGAGCUUGAGUACAAACGCCUGACUUUGCAUAAGGAGGCAGAGAUCCAGACGACAGCUGAUGAGUUGACAGCGGUAGAAGAGAAAACCAAUGAGCUUGCAGCUGUAGAGUGCUCCAUCCUGGAUCACAGGGAACUCCUCCGUCAGGUGUCUUCUUACCCAAACAGAAAGCUCAAAAAGCCGGAUUUCCUGCCCUAUGAUCCAGCUGAUGACCUCGCUGACCCGUUGGGGUUAUUGACCUCCAACCCCUUUCCUAUACCCUCUAGUGCUUCUUUGUGUAGGUUUGAACGUCGGCUCAAGCCAUUAGAGGAGCUUAGUGACGCCUACUUCUUGUCCCUCACACUUGAACAGUUAGCAGACACGGAGCGCCGUCUGCACGUCGACGGGAGUGUACUGCGAACCACCCGUGUCACACAUGCGCUGUCCAAGAAGCUCAGCCUCACCAACUUUCUGUUUGAGCCCUGGAUCCCAGAAGAGGAGGCAGAGGAGAAGGAAGACCAUAAAGAGGCAGGAGCACAACGAGUCAAAGAGGGGACGGCUGCCGCUGGGUCACUUCCGGUGACUGGGGCAAGUCUGGAGUCGUUCCAUUCCUGUGUAGAGGAGAUUCCCAUCAAACUGGAGGCAGGACAAGAGGGGAAGGUGACCCCUGACUCAGAGAAUGGGAUGACGGGUAGCAUGAGCAGUGGUGACAGCAUUGAAGUGCUUGGGACCGAGAAGUCUUACCGGAUCCAGUGUGUUGUCACAGGGAAUGACACCAGAGAAGGAUCAGCCGUGAUGUCGGAUGCGUGUGUCAAACGUGUGGCAGCGGAAGCAGGGAUCAGGCGUGUGCCUGCCUCAGCGAGGCGAGCCAACAGCGAGGACAGCAUCGAAGUCCUGAGCACCACAGACUCCAUAUUUCCUGAAGAUCUCACUGCCAUCACAGAGGAGGAGCCAGAGCACCAGCUUUUGAGUAAUGGUCUCUGGGAUGAGGAGGCCGCAAUCUAUUAUAAGGAGUUGUUGAAAAAUAGAAAUUACUUCCUCAAAGAGGAGGCGGAGGAGGAGCUAAUCCAAGAAGAGGGGUCACCGAUGGAAGCUGCACAGGGAAACGAAGACCAGAGAGAGGGAUUUGCGCAGCAGGAGGAUGAUCCAGUUGAUGGAGAGGAGUCCUUGAUGCAGGGACUUGUUGGCAUUAAGGUCCAAGAAGAAGAGAAACCAAUUCAGGAGGUGGAGAGAAAUCUAGUCCAUCAAGAGAUCGGGAAAGAGACAGUCUUCACACCACUGCAGGUUCAAGAAACAGUGGAGCCUGUCGCCCUGUGGUCUGAUGUUUGCCAGAGAGUUGAGCAGGUCCAGAUGGCACCUGAUCUCCAUGUGGAUUUUGCUGAAGCGGUCAAAUGGUUUCCUUCCGCUCCUACCAGUUCUCUGAGUGUGGACGAAGCAUAUGAAUGCGCCUGCUUACCCAGUUCCUCUCCCUGCUCCCCAGACCCCCCUCCUCUUCUCACCCACAGUCUCCAUUUGACCUGCCACUCCGAUCAAAAAAGAAGGAAGGCUGGGCUAAGGGCUCUCAGGUUUCUGCAGCAGAAUUCAUUUUCCCAGCAUGUAAUAUUCUGUCUACUGAGUGGCCGGCCACUGGUUGUGAUUGGAGGAAAUGAAAGUUCUGUCAGGAAAUUGGUGGCUGCGCUAGCUCUGUUCCUGCCUGACCCUGGUCCUGAGGCAAAUGCCUUACUGCCCUGCCUGACCACGCCACUUCAACUGACUGACCUGCUCAGAUGGCGACUCAUAGGCAUACACAGAUCAUCCUCUUCUACAUCCUCCAGUGUGCUUCACUCUCUGGCUCGAUAUGGUCGCUAUUUGGCCCUGCUGGACCUAGACCAAAGGACACUGUUAUGUCCACCCUACUCGGGCUCUCUUAUUGGUAGACUGGCUGAUCCUCACACUAGAAUUUGCAGCGGCGACACCUUCCUAUUGCAUCUGGAGAGCUGCCUGACUGCGCUGACCAGUCAGGCUCUACUCUACACUUUUAAUUCUGCUUUACAUCCUCCCGAUAUAUCCGGCAGGCACAACUUCACACAAAGAAGGGAUAGCCCGGUUGAAUGGGGAUUCUGCCGUAGUGAAGAUGACCGGAGAGUGAUGCAUUUCCUGUCUGAGCUCAUUAAACAGCACCAUGUGGGACAUGGCCCACCCAUCUUAAGGUUCUACUAUAGCUCUCUAAAACUGCAUAAAAAUACAAUUGCAACUUAGUCUGCGAUUCCAGGAGACUGCACGUACAAAUGUACAGGCCUACUCACGCCAACGAUGUAAACUGCUGCAUAUCUGUAGCCUAAUUCCACAUCACACUUGUCAAAGAAGGGAACAAAAUGUAUAUGACUCGUGUCUGUGGGCAACGUUGGACAUCAAAACCAUGUCAAGUCAUUUGGAUCAUAUGUACUGUAGUUUUAUAGAAAAAUCUUUAAAACCACGUGAAUGUGCUCUGAUAUUCAAGAGAUCUUGUUUCUUUGUUUCUGGACACGUCCAAUUCACAAUUUGAGAUUAGUCAUGUAGAUAGACUACAUUUCU